AUGGCCUCCUCAACAGCUCAAAUUCACGCUCUUGGACUUGGGGCCGGCACUCACUUGGCAUCCUCUACCCAAAUCAUUAGAAAUCCCUCCAAAACAGUAUUUUUUGGACCAAGACUUAAUCAGAUGACGUAUGUUGGUUCCAGGCUGAAAAGUAAGGCCAGAAGCAGCUCGCGAGGAAAUCCCACUUGGACGCCUUUGCGCGUAGUAUCUGAAAAAGUUGUUGGAAUUGACCUGGGAACGACUAAUUCUGCGGUGGCGGCGAUGGAGGGAGGGAAGCCGACGAUAGUGACCAAUGCUGAGGGGCAGCGGACCACUCCUUCGGUCGUGGCCUAUACGAAAAAUGGAGAUAGGUUGGUGGGCCAAAUUGCGAAGAGGCAGGCAGUGGUGAAUCCGGAGAACACGUUCUUCUCUGUGAAGAGGUUUAUUGGGAGAAAAAUGUCGGAGGUGGACGAUGAGUCAAAGCAGGUUUCUUACAACGUGGUCAGGGACGAGAAUGGGAAUGUCAAGCUUGAGUGCCCAGCCAUCGGAAAACAGUUUGCUGCUGAGGAAAUUUCCGCUCAGGUUUUGAGGAAGCUUGUAGAUGAUGCAUCUAAGUUUUUGAACGACAAGGUUACUAAAGCUGUAGUCACAGUUCCAGCUUACUUCAAUGAUUCACAGAGGACAUCGACCAAGGAUGCUGGUCGUAUUGCUGGCUUAGAGGUUCUCCGGAUUAUAAAUGAACCUACUGCUGCUUCUUUGGCUUAUGGUUUUGAAAAGAAAAGCAAUGAAACAAUUUUGGUUUUUGACCUUGGAGGUGGAACUUUCGAUGUUUCAGUUCUUGAGGUUGGUGACGGCGUGUUUGAGGUCCUUUCUACUUCUGGAGAUACACAUCUUGGCGGUGAUGACUUUGAUAAGAGAAUUGUUGAUUGGCUGGCCUCAAAUUUUAAGAAGGAUGAAGGGAUAGAUCUUUUGAAGGACAAACAAGGUCUUCAGCGCCUGACUGAGACGGCAGAGAGAGCUAAAAUGGAACUUUCAUCUUUGACACAGACUAAUCUUAGUUUGCCUUUUAUUACGGCCACUGCAGAUGGCCCCAAACAUAUUGAAACUACUCUUACAAGAGCCAAGUUUGAGGAAUUGUGCUCAGAUUUGCUUGACAGGCUAAAGAAACCUGUUCAAAAUGCCUUGAAGGAUGCAAAGCUCUCAUUUAGUGAUAUAGAUGAGGUCAUUCUUGUUGGUGGCUCAACCCGUAUACCAGCUGUUCAGGGACUAGUUAAAAAAUUAACUGGAAAAGACCCAAAUGUUACUGUUAAUCCAGAUGAAGUUGUUGCCCUGGGAGCUGCAGUUCAGGCUGGCGUUUUAGCGGGAGAUGUCAGCGAUAUCGUUCUUCUGGAUGUGAUACCACUGUCUUUGGGGUUGGAAACUCUUGGAGGGGUGAUGACAAAGAUCAUUCCAAGAAAUACAACACUGCCGACUUCAAAAUCAGAAGUGUUCUCAACAGCUGCUGAUGGUCAGACAAGUGUUGAAAUCAAUGUCCUCCAAGGUGAGAGAGAGUUCGUUAGGGACAACAAGUCGAUAGGCAGCUUCCGUCUUGAUGGAAUUCCGCCAGCCCCACGUGGAGUACCUCAAAUUGAAGUCAAAUUUGACAUUGAUGCAAAUGGCAUCCUCUCUGUCAGUGCCGUUGACAAAGGAACUGGAAAGAAACAGGACAUCACCAUUACUGGUGCUAGCACAUUGCCCGGCGAUGAGGUCGAGAGAAUGGUUCAAGAAGCUGAAAGGUUUGCAAAGGAAGACAAGGAGAAGAGAGAUGCAAUAGAUACCAAAAAUCAGGCUGAUUCUGUUGUUUACCAGACCGAGAAGCAGCUGAAGGAACUUGGGGACAAAGUCCCUGGCCCCGUAAAAGAGAAGGUCGAGGCGAAACUUGGCGAACUGAAGGAUGCCAUCUCUGGAGGAUCAACCCAACCAAUAAAGGACGCAAUGACUGCUCUGAAUCAAGAAGUGAUGCAACUUGGCCAGUCACUAUAUAACCAACCCGGUGCAGCUCCAGGUACCGGCCCAACACCUGGUGGUGGGGCAGGCUCUUCAGAACCAUCGGACAAGGGACCUGAAGGAGAUGUCAUUGAUACUGAUUUUACAGAUAGCAAAUGA